GGCGGGCGCUCAGGUGCCAAGGUCGGCAGCCAGGUGCCGCGGAGCCUUUAUAAAGUCUCCGAGGCGAGAUCGAGCGCUCCUUUCGGCCCCAGGCACGCAGAGUCUCCCAUCAGGAUGUGGAGGGAGAUUCUGGCGCACAGGAACUACCUGAUCGUCCUGCUGACCCCCUUCCUCUUUCUCCCCCUGCCCGUGCUCCUACCUUACAAGGAAGCGCAAUGCGGCUACACCAUCAUCCUGAUGGCGCUCUUCUGGUGCACAGAGGCUCUGCCGUUGGCCGUCACUGCUCUGCUGCCCGUCCUCCUCUUCCCGCUCAUGGGCAUCAUGGAUUCCACCACGGUGUGCAUGGAGUACCUGAAGGACACCAACAUGCUCUUCAUCGGGGGGCUGCUGGUGGCCAUCGCAGUGGAACACUGGGACCUGCACAAGCGCAUUGCCCUCCGCGUCCUGCUGCUCAUCGGGGUCCGGCCAGGCCUGCUCCUGAUGGGCUUCAUGGCCGUCACGGCCUUCCUCUCCAUGUGGAUCAGCAACACGGCCACCACGGCCAUGAUGGUGCCCAUUGCCCAAGCCGUCCUGGAGCAGCUGCACAGAUCCGAGGUGGAGCGGCUGCAGGCCAAGGAGGCCGUGGCCAAGAAGGGGACCGUCAACGGAGGCUUUGAGCUGCAGGAGACCGCCCACCAGCAAGUCAACGGACACGUAGUGACGGUGGAGAAGGAGAAAGUGUCCCGCGAGCAGGAGCAGCUGGAGAAGAAGCACCUGACCUUCUGCAAGGGAAUGAGCCUCUCGGUGUGUUACGCGGCCAGCAUUGGGGGAAUCGCCACCCUGACGGGGACCACGCCCAACCUGGUGAUGAAGGGGCAGAUGGACGACCUCUUCCCCGACAACGACAACGUGGUCAACUUUGCCUCGUGGUUCAGCUUCGCCUUCCCCACCAUGGUGCUCCUGCUGUUCCUCUCCUGGGUCUGGCUGCUGCUGAUGUUCCUGGGCGUGGACUUCCGGAAGAACUUUGGGUGCGGCACCAACGAUUCGGAGAAGGCAGGCUCUCAGAUGGCCUACCGCAUCAUCAAGAACCAGCACCAGGCGCUGGGGCCCAUGAAGUUCUCCGAAAUCACCGUCCUGGUCCUCUUCGUCAUCCUGGUGCUGCUCUGGUUCACCCGGGAGCCGGGCUUCAUGCCGGGAUGGGCGAGUGCCGCCUUCACCAAGGACGGGAAGAGCUACGUCACUGAUGCCACGGUGGUCAUCUUCAUUUCGAUGCUGCUGUUCCUCAUCCCCUCGGAGGUGCCCAGAUGCGGCUUCCGGAGCAGCACCCCACCAGGAGGGCAGAUCCGGGUGACCCCGCCCCUCCUGGACUGGCCAACCGUCAAUCAGAAGAUGCCCUGGAACAUCGUCAUCCUCUUGGGAGGAGGCUUUGCCUUGGCCAAAGGCAGUGAGGCGUCUGGCCUGUCCAAAUGGCUGGGGAGCAAGCUGACCCCCCUAGAGACCAUCCCUCACCCAGCCAUCGCCUUUGUGCUCUGCCUGCUCGUUGCCGUCUUCACCGAGUGCACCAGCAAUGUGGCCACCACCACCCUCUUCCUGCCCAUCCUGGCUUCCAUGGCUCAGGCCAUCUGCCUCAACCCCCUCUACGUGAUGUUGCCUUGCACCCUGUCCGCCUCUCUGGCCUUCAUGCUCCCGGUGGCCACCCCUCCCAACGCCAUCGUCUUCUCCUAUGGGCAGCUGCGUGUCAUAGACAUGGUCAAAGCUGGCUGCAUGCUGAACUUACUGGGGGUCUUGACCAUCACCCUGGCCAUCAACACCUGGGGCUUCCCCCUCUUUGACCUCCACAAUUUCCCAAACUGGGCAAACGGCACCGCAGGUCAAUGCUGAGCCCGGGGACAAGACUCUCUCUCAAAUGCGCUUCGGAUCCUCGUGUGGCAACUGCUAUGCUCUGCUGAGGGACCGGCUCGCUUGGGGGGCCAUUGAGGUGCAAACUCAGCCUUCCCAGGCCGGCAGCGGCAACUGUGGACGGGGCUCCCCUUCCUCCCUCACUGGGAUUUCUUCUGCCCCAGUUGUAGCUGGAAGCUCCCUCCAGGCAUCCGUGUGGGGCUUAGCAGUGGGGCAGCUCACCUCACAGACGCAGCAUUGUGGGGCAGAAAAGAAAUGGCCCCCUCCACCCAGCACCAUCUUCCCUGGGCAACACACCACAGAAUCAUAAAGUUGGGAGGGACACCCAGGGGCCAUCCAGUCCAGCCCCCUGCAAUCCAGGAAUUACUUCUCAAGAAUCCCUGGCAGGCGCCCGUCCAACUUCUGUUUAAAAGCCUCCAGAGAAGGGGAGCCCGCCCCCUCCUGGGGUCAUGGAAUUGUGGAUUAGAGAGGGACCCCCCAAGGGUCAUUUAGUCCAACCCCUGCAAUGCAGGACAAUUUCAUCAGGCGCAGAGUGCCAGGGUGUCUGGGUGUGUCUUUGUGCCGCUGUUGCUGCGGAGUAGUUCUGUGUGAGCCACAACAGCGGACAGGCAGAGCCAAGACCCCCCCCAACCUCCUUGUGACCCCACCAGUCGCUGGGCACCCUGGUCAUCGUGCCUAUUGGUGCCUGCCAGCUUCCAAGGAGGUCGGGCUUCCAGGCCCCUGGGAAAAACACAACAGCUCUUUUGUGCAAUAAAAGUGUGGGCCAAAACUGUAUUGUGAUUGUUCUGCUGAGUUUAAGGGGGUCCGUGGAUCACACACAGUCACACACAUACACAGAGUCUACUUAAAGCACUUUUAUCUCACUUCAGCCAAAUAAUAAUAAUCCAUAGUACCUCACAAAUAUCAGUGAUAACAGCCUCUGAGCUCAAGUUUUACAGACACGACACAGAAGGAAAGAGUGUCCGGAGGGAAGAAGAAAAAAGCAAGCUCUGGCACUAGUUCUUAUCUAUGGUUAUCAGGGCCGGAUUUAGGUUUGAUGAGGCUCUAAGCUCCUGAAGGGAAUGGGGCCCUUUAUAUGUCCAGCUGUGCUUUGUCAACAACAAAAGUGUUGCUGUUUUUUGUGUUGAAUAGAUGCUAUAUGGUAAUUUGUGAACCUAAUAGGUAUCUCAAGCCAUUUGCCCAUGUUGCCAUGCAACCAGUCCAUGCAGAAUGUAGGCACCCUAUAUAUAGAAAGGAGAAAACCAGUGAUAUUUGGGGAGCAGGCUAGCAGGCGGGGCCCAUGACUUACACCAUAGGAGCCUACACAACACAAAACACUGUUGUUGUAUGUGGGCUUUAUUUUAUUUGUUUUUUAUCUUAUAUGUUGGAAAUGUACAUCCAGGUUUCCCUCCCCCCUUUAAAUUGUUUUGGGGGCCCCGAGAGAGUGGGGCCCUGAGCUAGAGCUUGUUUAGCUUCUACGUCAAUCCGCCACUGAUGGUUCUGCAUUUCCUUACAUUCAUAGCCCAUCUUUCCUCCACGGAGCUCAAGGUGGCCUUUGUGAUUUGCCUCCUCUCACAACAACCCUGCGAGGGAGGUUAUGCUGAGAAAGGAAGAGGCUGUGAGACUGGCCCCCACGGUCUUCCAGCGGAAGCCACGUGGCCGAGUGGGGAUUUGAACCCUGGUCUCUCUCAGGUCCUAGUCCGGCCCUCUAACCCAGGCAAUCCCAAACUGCGGCCCUCCAGAUGUUUUGGCCUACAACUCCCAUGAUCCCUCGCUAACAGGACCAGUGGUCGGGGAAGAUGGGAAUUGUAGUCCAAAACAUCUGGAGGGCCGAAGUUUGGGGGUGCCUGCUCUAACCACUACACCACUGCUGCCUGGACCUCGCUCACCCAGGAGGCAGUGACAGCCAACAACUCGGAUAGCUUUAAAAGAGGAUGGGGCAGAUUCAUGGAUGGAGAGGGCUAUGGAUGGCUCUGCUCCUCGGACUCCCCAUUUGGAGGCAGCGAAGCUUCUGACUCCCAGUUGCUGGAAGCCAAAGGAGGGGAGAGGGCUCUGGGGCUCGGAUCCUGUUUGCCUGUUUCCCAUGCCGGCUCCUGGCUGGCCCUGUGAGGACAGGAGGCUGGAGCAGGUGGGCUCCAGCAAGCUCUUACCUUCUUACCUCCAUGACACGAUCCUUUGCUUGUACACAGUUUGUGAGUUGACCAUCCUUUAAAGUUCAGCUCACCCCUUUUCUUUAUUAGUUUGCAAGAUUUUAAAGCAAGUUUGCAUGAAAAUUCACGCACAAUUUUGUACGCCUCUCUUCUGAACUAGGCAGGUUUGUUCAAUAUAUUCAUCCUCUUCCCCCCCCCCAAGCCAUCCUCCCUAAUUUAAUGUGUGUUUGCACAUGGUUUCCCUUAAAUGCAUGCACUUUUAUACACUUUUAAAAAAAAUUAAAAA